AUGAGCGCCCCCGCCCACAAGUUCAAGGUCGCAGACAUCUCCCUGGCUGCCUUCGGGCGCCGCGAGAUUGAGCUCGCCGAGGUCGAGAUGCCCGGUUUGAUGGCCAUCCGCAAGAAGUACGCUCCCGACCAGCCCCUGAAGGGUGCCCGUAUUGCCGGUUGUCUGCACAUGACCAUCCAGACCGCUGUCCUGAUCGAGACUCUGGUCGCUCUCGGUGCUGAGGUCACCUGGACGAGCUGCAACAUCUUCUCCACCCAGGACCACGCCGCCGCCGCCAUUGCUGCUGCCGGUAUCCCUGUUUUCGCCUGGAAGGGAGAGACUGAGGAGGAGUACAACUGGUGCUUGGAGCAGCAGCUGCACGCCUUCAAGGAUGGAAAGAAGCUCAACCUGAUCCUGGACGACGGCGGUGACCUGACUGCCCUGGUCCACAAGAAGUACCCCGAGAUGCUGAAGGACUGCUACGGUAUCUCCGAGGAGACCACCACCGGUGUCCACCACCUCUACCGCAUGCACCGGAACGGCGAGCUGCUGGUUCCGGCCAUCAACGUCAACGACUCCGUCACCAAGUCCAAGUUCGACAACUUGUACGGCUGCCGGGAAUCGCUGAUCGACGGCAUCAAGCGUGCGACCGAUGUCAUGAUUGCCGGUAAGGUCGCCGUUGUCGCUGGCUACGGUGACGUCGGCAAGGGUUGUGCCCAGGCCCUGCGCAGCAUGGGUGCCCGUGUCAUUGUCACCGAGAUCGACCCCAUCAACGCCCUCCAGGCGGCUGUCUCCGGCUACCAGGUUACCACCAUGGAGGAGGCUGCCCCUUUGGGCCAGAUCUUCGUCACCACCACUGGUUGCCGUGACAUCAUCGUUGGCCGCCACUUCGAAGUCAUGAGGAAUGACGCCAUUGUCUGCAACAUUGGUCACUUCGAUGUCGAGAUUGACGUGGCCUGGCUCAAGGCCAAUGCCAAGUCCGUCCAGAACAUCAAGCCCCAGGUCGACCGCUACCUGAUGCCCAAUGGUCGUCACAUCAUCCUGCUGGCCGAGGGUCGUCUGGUCAACCUGGGCUGUGCCACCGGCCACUCCUCCUUCGUCAUGUCCUGCUCCUUCUCCAACCAGGUCCUGGCCCAGAUCUCCCUCUUCAAGGCCGAUGAUCCCGAAUUCGGUGCCAAGCACGUCGAGUUUGGUACCACUGGCCGGAGACCAGUUGGUGUCUAUGUUCUGCCCAAGAUCCUGGACGAGCAGGUUGCCAGACUUCACCUGGAGCACGUCAACGCCAAGCUGUCCACCCUCACUCCGGUGCAGGCCGAGUACCUUGGCGUGAGCCAGCAUGGUCCUUUCAAGAGCGACAUCUACCGCUACUAA